AUGUGCAGGUUUAUGAUAUUCAAAGGGAGAGAGCUGAUGGUCUUAUCCGAUCUACUAACUAAACCAGCCCACUCAAUAAUCAACCAAUCAUUCGAUUCCAGACUACGGUUAGACAUGCGCAACCCAAUCAAUGGUGAUGGAUUCGGGGUUGGAUACUAUACUGAACACAACGAACCAUGCAUCUUUAAAGCCAUAACACCAGCUUGGAAUAACGUCAACUUGAACAAUCUAUCUCAAUGUACUGAGUCAGAGUUGGUCUUUGCUCAUGUAAGAGCAUCAACACAAGGUGUGUUAUCGGAAACAAAUUGCCAUCCAUUUAGUUAUGGCAAAUUGAUGUUUAUGCAUAAUGGUGGUAUAUCAUGUUUUAAUUUGAUCAAGAAAAAGCUCAUAAACCAUUUAGAUGACAAGUACUUUCUUUAUAUACAGGGAUCAACCGAUUCAGAAUGUUGUUUUGCGUUGUUUCUUGACACUUUGAACAAAAUGGGUUACGAUCCACUGUCAAGAGAUACAAAGUUUUCUCAUACAAUUUUGAAAAAGGCUAUUUUGGAGACCAUAGAGUUGAUUAAAAACUGGCAGACUGAAGUGACAUCGGAACCUUCGUUGUUGAAUUUUGCUGCAACUGACGGAGAAUCGAUUGUUGUAAGUAGAUACAUUACAUCGAAGACAGAUGAAGCAGCAUCGCUCCAUUUCAGCACCGGCUCCAAGUUCUUCGAAUACCAGCCGGGACUUUUCAAAAUGGAGAGAUUAAAUCGAUCCCAGGAUGUCAUUUUUGUUUCCAGCGAGCCAUUGACCUUUGAAAGGGGUGACUGGUUGUGUGUACCAACAAACACGUUAAUCACAAUCACAAACAAAAACACAGUUCUUAUGCAUCCAAUAGAAGAUGAAUUUUACGAUGGUGGCGUUGGUGAGAGAUCGUCCGGAUUUGCCAUGAGUAAAGGCUUGAUGGGGGGAGUCCCACCAUCUGAAGAAGAUCACACCAAAAUAGAAAAUGGCAUUACAGUCAACGGCGAUGGGAAGACAAUAAUUCAGCAAGUACCGCCACUUGAAAGAGAAGGAAGGGCUAAUUUUAAAGCAACAGUCCAUUAA